AUGCAACUUGAUUUAUACAUAAAUCAAACUUCAGCUUCAUCAACAAGUACUGUAAAUUCUCAGUUAACGACAACAACAGAUCACAAUAAAUCAGUUGAAACACAGCAAGAAUAUUUUUUCACAAAUAAUAUUAAAUCGGAAGAAACUAUACAGAAACAUGCGGAUCAACAAAAAACAAAUCAGUUUUUACGAUCUAUUGGCGCGUUUCUCAAGUUUCAUGGCGGAACUGGUGCUGAGUCGUGGUUAACGAAUAUUCCCAAACAAUUCAGAGAUCUAGAUAUCGAUCAAGACAUUAGAUUGUAUUAUGUAAAACAUAUCAUGAAAAAUCAAGCAUUAUCGUGGUAUUUCGCGCAUGAAAAUGAGUUUUCAAAUUUUGCUGCAAUUAUGACACUCUUUCGUGUAUAUUUUAUUGCGGUACCACUUGUUUCUACUUCUAUUCAUGCUCCUCAUACAUCUUGCUCCUCUACCCUUCAAUCAAACGUUCAAUCUACAACUGCUGAACAAUCUGAAACUAUUUUAUUACCAGCUCUUUUUGAAGAUUUACUUAAAAAACAAACAAUAUUCUGGUGUUAA